UGCAAGGACCCCCUAGAACAGCAGAGCCUCCCUGGUAGCGGUUUAGAGUUGGAGUUGGAGUUGGAUAAUACAAAUAGGAACCAGAUCACACCCAGACAGACCAAAGCCCUCACGAACCCAGCAACCCUAAACCCAUCUGUGUCUUCAAACCCAAGGUUUUUCAAAACCCUCUAGUCAAUCAUGGACGUCGAUCCUAGUAACUACAAUCAACUUGCUAUCAAUGAGAACGACACUCAUAGUGUUGUCCUAUCAUAUCUGGUGCACAACUGUUAUAUAGAAACUGUGGAGUCAUUUGUUGCUUCUACGGGGAUGAAGCAGCCUGCCGAUUGUAUUGAUGAUAUGGAGAAAAGGAAAAGGAUUUAUCAUUGUGCAGUGGAGGGGAAUGCUCUUAAGGCGAUUGAACUGACAGAACAGCUGGCGAAUGACUUACUGGAGAAAAAUAAAGACUUGCAUUUUGAUCUUCUCAGCCUUCACUUUGUUGAACUUGUUUGCUCUAGAAAAUGCACAGAAGCUUUGGAAUUUGCCCAGACCAAUUUGACCCCCUUUGGGAAGGUGGAAAAAUACGUUGAAAAACUCGAAGACUUCAUGGCUCUUCUUGCUUACGAAGAGCCGGAGAAAUCCCCAAUGUUUCAUUUGCUUAGCAAGGAUUAUCGGCAGCAAGUUGCAGAUAGUUUGAAUCGAGCAAUUCUAGCACAUUCAAACCUUCCCAGUUAUACAGCAAUGGAAAGGCUAAUACAACAGACAAUAGCAGUUAAGCAAUUUAUAAGUGAAGACAAUGCCAAGAAUGGGUCACAACCAUUUUCUUUGAAGGAUUUUCUUAGCAGCUAAUGGAGGAAUGCUUCAAGUACUUCUGGCGAGGAGCUAUUGCGGUUGAUGAGCUUUCAAGUCUUACUGUUCAGCAAGUUUGCUUCUAAGUUGCCACAAGUUGAGUCGGGGUCACCGAUUGUUUCUUGUAUAGAGAGUAGUGAUCAAUGGAUUUUCAGAUUAGCUGGCCAUACAGAAAAUCUACAAUUGGGUUAAACAUUUGUGCCAGUGGGUUUGUUUAUGUGGGGUUUUUUGGUGGAUUUAAUGGUAUUUUUCUUAUUCUGAGACUUGCAUAGUUCUGUAAUCUAUCUAAAUUAUAAUGUCACAUGACUUGAUAUGCUGUAA